AUGGCGAGCGAAAGCGUAAUGUUUCUGAUGAGUAUGAGCAACACAAUGGCAACGUUAUGGCCGGCGCCAAUCGAAAUGGAUUUUAUAGACGAAGGAGAACUUGUGGAAACAGAGAAUGACGCUCGAAAAAUUAAUGCAUCUAGAUGGACAGUCUGCUCCAAUAUAAUUCGUCUUCAUUUAAAAAGAAUGAAAGAUUGUGGUGUCGAGAUUUCGAUCGGAAAAAGUACAGAUCUCGGAGUGAGCAUGACACGUGGAAAUUCAGAUGACAAACUUCAAUCACUGCUGGAUGUUGUAAAAAGUAUUUCGAAAAUGACGAAAUCAAAUGGGGAAGCGAGCGCGGAGUUCGCGAUUCGAGAAAUCGAAAAAAUGGCGAGAGCAGAGAAACAAUGCGAUAAAAAGCAAAUUCAUUGGUUUGCCGACGCCGAAAUGUUCGUUGAUUUGGAUCUCGAACUAAUCAAUCGAAAAUUUCCUCCAAAUCUCGUCAAUAUGUAUGUGAUCGGCGAGCUUCGCACGUUUCACGAGAACUUUGAAUCUUCGAAAGAAGUAACGAAUCUAUUGAUUCUUGGAAAUGUGAACGUACGAUUUCUCGUUUGUCCGGCGGAUUUAUACGAGUUGAGAAGUGAAAUUUUGUCGGAGAAACGAUACGAAACGAGCGAGAAUUCGGUGAAAUGUCGAGUUGGAAAAAGUUCUUUCGAGAUUAAGGUACUACAAACCCACCGAGUAGGCAAACCGGUUUGGUUAUUUAAUAAAAUUCGAUUCAUUGGAUUUCUCCCGGAAAUCGAUUUAUGCCGAGUUGGAUUCUUUACACAAAAGAUCUCGGUUGAGAGUCAAGUUUCAAUAUCUUGUGAAACUUCGUCUGGAAAUCAGAUUCUCUGGUCGUUGGCUGAAUAUAUGUUCAGUGAAUUCAGGAAGCCACGUGUCGUACUUUUCAGUUAUAAAGGAGAGAAGAAGAAUCGAGGAUUCUGUUUUAUGGUUGCUAGUGAAGAGAAGACAGGUGGAGGAGCUAUUAUGUCCUUGAUUCAGCUGAGAAAAUCGAUAAAGAAAAAGUUGAAGAAGUCGUUGGAAUUAGUAGAAGAAAUCGAGGAAAAAUCGACUCCCCUCCCAAACCACUCGUAUCAGCAAGUGGCACCCGCCGAUAUCAGUGUGAUCAAGAGACGAAUGAUGGAAAUCGGAAAAACGAAGGAGCCAGAAGCGAAGAGAAUGAAAUUUGAGAAAUUUGCCGGUGAAUAUGAUCUCAUUAAUGGUCGUAACACCUUCAUGGAGACAACUUCCGCGUGGCGAAAGCAUUACGGUCUUGUUGAUUCGAAGAACGCCGAUGGAAACAAUAAUAGUUAG